AUGGCAGCAGCAGCAACGGGCGUGCCCCCGGCCCUCACGCUGAGCGAGGCUUACGCUACGCUAGGCCUGGGCGAGGGGUCGGCCUAUGACGAGGUACUGGCAGCCAAGAACGUGCUGCUGGAGCGGCAUGCCGACGACCUGGAGCGCCGCUACCAGGUGGAGCAAGCGUAUGACCUGAUCUUCGCUAGCCAGCUGCGGGCACGGCUGACGGGCGACCUGCCAGUGGCCAGCAACGUGCGCUUUGCCGACGUGCGGCGCCCCGCUCCGCCGGCGCCGCCCGCGGGCGCCGCCGCGGCCGCCCAGAAGGCGCAGCAGCUGCUGCAGGGCAUCCCCGGCGGCGGCGUGGCGGUGCAGGCGCCGCGGCCGCGCACCGCCACCACCGCGGCCGCCGUGUUUGGCGUGCUGGCGGCCUGGACGCUGGCGCAGGGGCUGCUGGAGCCCAGCCCGCAGAGUGCGGCGGCCGACGUGCCGGGGGUGCAGCUGGCACUGGCCACUGCAGCCACUGUGUACCUGCUGAGGGAGGAGAAGCGGAUGGGGCUGGGCAAAGCCAUCGGGCUGGCGCUCGUGGGCCUGGUGGUGGGCACCUUUGUGGGCGCUGCGGUGCAGUCGUGGCUGCGAGUGGACAUCAUCCCCCUGGGGGCCCUGUCCUCCCCCGGCAUCCUUGUGGGCGAGUUCUCCAUCAUCGCCCUCGCCGCCGUCUGCCUCUUCCUGGCCUGA